AUGGAAGUUAGUGAAGCGAAGACUCUAAUAAGGAACUUGGAAAAGGCGAAGGACAGUAAGACUGUUGUUCAAUUGCUUAAGGUUCUCAAGGAAAAGGUUCGAGCCACGGAGCAUUUUCUUAGACAGACCAAAGUAGGUGUGGCCGUGAACAAGUUAAGAUCGAAUCCCGAUCCUGAAGUGAGUUCGCUGGUGAAGAAAAUCAUCAAGCAUUGGAAGGAGGAGGUUUCUAAAGAGAAGAGAGGCAAACAUCAAAGUAGGGAAGUGAAACAGGAGAAAAUAAAGCAGGAAAAGAAGGUGAAGCAAGAAAACGAUAAAGAGACAGCUACUCCUGGAGGCUAUAUUACCACGAAAACAAGAACCCCGGCUAACGACGGAGUUAAAAUCAGCUUCUAUGAGAACCCGACGCGUAACGGAUCCAUAAGCGGACUAUAUACAGCAUUGGCUAUGGGAUCGGCAGCACAACCUGACACUGUAAUAAAGGUGGCCAAAGCUGUUGAAGAACGUGCAUUUGAUGUCAACGAUGGUAAAGUGGCUGAUAAGUAUCGAAACAAAAUGAGAUCACUCAUAAUGAACCUUCGAAACAAGAAGAACCCGGAACUUCGUCUGAAAGUGUUGAGUGGAGAGUUAAGACCGGAGAACUUUGUGGUGAUGACGAAUCAGGAACUUGCGCCAGCAUCCCUCAAAGAGCUAAUAGCAGAUAUGCAUCAAAAGAACUUGUUUGAUGCACAGGGAGCUGUUCAGAAGAGGGCUGUCACUGAUAGAUUUGUCUGUGCCAGAUGUAAAAAAAGAGAGGUGAGUUAUUACCAGAUGCAGACGAGAUCGGCAGACGAGCCUCUUACUACGUUUUGCACCUGUGAAAGCUGUGGCUACAGAUGGAAGUUCUGCUAA